AGUGUAACAAUGGGAAACAUAACCUAUCCAACAGACGCGUGAAUAUCAUAGACUAUUUAUCAAAUGAUGUUAGUACUUCGGAUAAGUGAUAAAAUAUCGCAUCAUAGGAUAUAUAACAUUUUCUAAAUUUUUUACAAGAGAAUUAUAGUAGAAUAACAACAAGAGGAGGGUACGAAGAGGAAAAAAAAACACUGUAUCGACGUUAAUACUGUACUGAUCAUAAAAGGAAAUAUUUUUAUAAAAGGAUAGAAGUGAAGCAAAAAAACUUUGAUUAUUAUUGUGAUAUCGAAUGUCAGCAAAGAUGCCGGUUUAUCAAGAAGCAGAACAAAUUCAAGCACAAACAAUUAUUGUUAUUCAUCCAGGCUCUAUGUACCUUCGUAUGGGCCGUGCUUCUGAUCUGAAACCUGUUACAUUAUUACAUGCUGUGGCAAGGAGACGUUUACCAAAUGGAAUAAAAUAUAAGGAUGAUCUCUUACCUCCAACUGUGACUUUGACGAAGGAGUUAACGCAGGCGAUGGAAGAAUCUCGAUUGCAAGUGUCACAUACUCUACAAUCCUGUUUACAGUCUGAUGGUAGUCGACGAUACGCCACACCUCCGCAACAGAUAGCCGCUUUUAAUCGUAGAUCCAGCCCAGAAAUCUCCUCCCCCAGCAAUUUGAAGUGGACAACGACUGAUCGAGAUAUAGUCGUCGGUGACGAUAUCUUGUCAUUAGAUCCAGAGGAGGAGUGCAAUUUUAAUAUCCAUUUUCCAUACAGAAGGGGGGAGCUAAAUAUACAUUCAGGCCCAGGUGGUAGUUUAACUGCUGUUAUGGCAGAUUUAAAAACCAUCUGGGAAUAUGUGCUGACUGAAAAGCUGGAUAUACCUCUUAGAGAUUUAAAGCACUAUCGUGCAGUACUCGUUAUACCUGACAUUUAUCAUCGACCAUAUUUAAAGGAAUUAACAACACUUUUGUUGGACGAGAUUGGCUUUGGACGCUGCAUUCUAUUGCAAGAUCAUGUAGGUGCGAUGUUUGGAGCAGGUUUGGGUUAUGCAUGUAUAGUAGAUGUUGGUGCUCAGAAGAUAUCAGUAUCAUGUGUGGAGGAUGCAAUUUCUCACAAAGACACGCGAGUGCGUAUGGAUUAUGGUGGCGCGGAUGUCACGCAGACAUUUCUCUGGCUUUUACAAAAAUCUGCUUUUCCGUACAAAUCGUGUGAUCCUACCAACAAGUUGGACGCGCUGCUCUUAGAGCAGCUAAAGAUAGAUUUUUGUCACGUGGAUUUAAAUAUAUGCGGCUCGCAGGAGAAAACAUUCGUUGUCAGGAAACCAAAGCUGCAAACGGCAACAUAUACUAUUCAGGUUGGUGAUGAAUGUUUAAUAGCACCUUUAAGCUUAUUUCAACCCGAGCUAUUCAGAAUUACCGGAACGCAUAAUGUUCAUGUUCAAAAACGAUCAUUAGGAGACCCGGAAGAUCCUUACGACGAGAACUAUUUAAGAGAAACGAGUAGACGUGGUAUGAAAGAAACUCUGGAUCAUUCGUCAGAAAUGCAAGAGGAGGCGGCGGCUGCGCCUGCAGUUGUGGGCGAUGAUGAUGUUGUAGUUGAUGCCGUUGGUGAUCCUGCACCUAGUCUGUCAAAUCGUGAUUUGGACGCUCCCCGAGAUUUUGUGAUCCCGCAACAAUUGUUGGGUCUCGAUCAAGCCAUAUUGCAGAGCAUCGAACGAUGUCCUAACGAUGAUCUCAAAAGAAAAAUGUAUAGUUGCGUGCUGGUCGUAGGAUCGGGUUUGAAAUUCAAAGGUAUCGGCAUGUGGCUCCGUAACCGAAUAUCUCUUCAAACUCCUUACAUGUAUAGACCUGAACAACUAGAUAUCAUAACACAGCCGAAAGAUAUGGAUCCUGGUAUGACGACGUGGAAAGGAGCGGGAAUUUUAAGUUGUUUGGAGUCUGCUCAGGAGUUGUGGAUCACUCGAACCGAGUGGCAUCGCUGGGGCGUUAGAAUAUUAAGAGAAAGAUCUCCUUUCUUAUGGUAAAAAAAUAUCUUGUUUUACGUAGGUAUUAUAUUAUCGAAUACCACAAAUGAGCAUUUUACUACAUUUUUUACUUAUACUGGAUAAUUGUUAUUAUGGGACUACAACAUCCCAAAUAGAAAGAAUGUAUCUAGUCCUGAUUUAACGAAUUCAAAUUGACAUCAUCUUAUUUCAUAGAAAGAAAUCUGUUUAAUGACUGAAAAUUUAUAAUCUACAUAAUAUACACUAUAUUUUCAGUACUAAUAAUACUAAUUCAGUAAUAAUAGUAUUCAUAUACAUUGAGAUACUUCUCCUGUAUGUCGAAUAAAUAACGACAUAAUAAAAAAUGACAAAUAAUACAGACUACCCAACUACUAGAAGUAAAUUUUACAUUAUUAAUCGCUAUAUAAUACACCACUUUUUUACGUAAUACACUGAAUUGAUGAGAUUUAAUUUCUACUUGGGAUGGGAAUGUAGUGUACAAAAGAUUGUUAAAAUCAAAAUUAAAAUAUACAAAAUAUUUAUCA